AUGACCAGUCAGAGAGAAGUAGACCUGGUGCACCUCCGCCUUAUCCUAGUCAGUGGAAAAACACAAGACUUCACCUUUUCCCCAAACGACUCAGCCACAGACAUCGCAAAGCAUGUGUUUGACAACUGGCCUCCAGGAUGGGAGGAGGAGCGUGUGAGCAGCCCUAGUAUAUUACGACUAAUUUUUCAGGGACGCUUCCUUCAUGGCAACGUCACUCUUGGAGCUCUAAAGCUACCUCCUGGACGAACUACUGUAAUGCAUUUGGUGGCAAGAGAGACCCUUCCGGAGCCCAACUCUCAUGGUCAAAGAAACAGAGAGAAAACCACAGAGAGUAACUGCUGUCUCCUCUUCUAA